AUGCUCUCCUAUAACAACAAAAAUGGCAUAAGUAAGUGUCGUGUAUAUGGCGGUAGUGGAUACAUUAGUUGCAGUACUUGCAAUAGUUCUGAAUAUGUUAAUGAUACAAAUAUGCCUUUAAAAAUGAAAGUGUAUAGUUCAUGUAAUGGUAGUGGCUCAAAGACUUGUUCAAACUGCGGUGGGAGUGGUCACCAUUAA